AUGGAUGAUGGCACAUCACAGUAUUAUUUUACCGCUUCUAUGGAUUCCGGGAAAACACUAUGCAGUUUGCUAAAAGCUAUACAGUUUCAAGAGUCUGCCGUGUUCUGUGCAAUGCAAGAAGGGUUGAAGCUGACUGUAGAGGAAGGAAAAUGUGUUCAAGCGUCUGCAUAUGUGCCUUCUGAUAACUUUACCGAGUACCAUGUCAGAGAUGAUGUUGAUGUUAUCUUCAAAAUAAGUUUAGCUGUUCUAACGGAAUGUUUGAAUAUCUUUGGUUCAGCAGAGGAGUCAAGUUUGAAGAUGUACUAUCGUUGUGAAGGCUCACCACUUCUCUUGGUAUUACAGCCGCAAUCCUUCAGCAACGUGAUGACAGAUUGCGAAAUAGCGACGCAGACUGCCGAUUCCUUGUUGGAGCUCAGAGACGAAGAUACGUCGGAGGUGGCAAAGCUGGUACUCAAAGCCCCAGCGUUUCUGGGCUUGUUAGCCGACUUGGAGAAGUCUUGCGACGUUAUGGAGAUGCACUUGUCUCCUGAACACCCAAACGUCAGCAUCGUUACCUAUGGUAUGCAGGACAGAUCGUGUAUAGACAUGCCUAAGUCCUCCGACAUGGUGCAGAGCUUCAGCUGCGAGGAGGCCGUUACUCUCAAGUACCAGCUCCAACAUAUAAGACUGAUUAUGAAAGCGCUAGCUGUCUCUUCCAAAGUGGUGCUCAGGUGCAGUUCCAAUGGACUUCUUCUGUUGCAGUUGAAGCUGGAGAAGGAGGACCAGAGACAAAUGUUCUCCGAGUUUUACAUUGUGCCUUUGCUUGAUGAUUGAUUUAAGAUAAUAUAAAUUAUUUACUGUUAGACAAAUAAUUUGAAUUAAGUACCUAAUAGUUACUUGUUUAAAAGUCAAUAAAAAUAUUUUUUAUAAA